AUGUGGCCUCUCGGGAACCAAUCAAUCAAGCAAGUCAGGGAUCGACUGAAUCAGGUUGGUACUCCUACUACCGGGACGCUGAAGAAAUUGUGCGAAAAUCCCAAUUGCCCUUGUAAGUCGGCUAGCUCUCUGAAUCACAAAGUCAUUCGUAAGCUCAACCAGAUGUAUGCCGAUGUCAAGGGCAUGUGUCUUGAUUGUGCGCAACGGGAUGGCUUGACAACACACCAAUGCGAGUUUUCUUUCAUUCGUCGCCUUGGGGAUUGUCGCAUUCAGGAUUGCCCAGGUACCUGA